GUCAGCAUGUCCUGUCAAACGGAAACCAAAGACGACAAAAGUUGUGCUAGCAGAAACUGCAACAACCACCGCAGCCACACCGAUCACACAGCAACCGACCACACAACAGCUCCCGCCACAAAAGAGACGCAGACAGCAGACACGUACACAAAAAUCAUCAACAACAAAGAUCACCAUGGUCUGGACUUGGUCAAAAAAUGUUCAUGCGCCGACGAUGAUCCUUUUGGGACCUUCCCCCACUUUGCCACGACGGUCAUACACGCCGGACAAAACCCGAAACAGUGGAACUGCAGGGCUGUGGUGCCCCUCAUCUCCCUAUCUACCACCUUCCAAGCUGAGGAACCAGGGGCCGAGGGAAAAUUUGAGUAUGUACGUGCUGGCAAUCCGACGAGGAAAGUUGCCGAGACAUGUGUGGCAGCAAUCGAGAAUGGAAAACAUUGUUUCUUAUACGCCAGUGGGCUCGCUGCUACAGUCAACAUAUUCCACUUACUGAAAGGUGGUGAUCACGUGAUAUGCAUGGAUGACGUCUACGGGGGUACCAAUAGGUACAUUAACAAGGUCUUAGUAACAAUGGACAUCGAGGCGACAUUCGUCGACGCCACUGAACCGGCGAACGUUAAGCAAGCACUCAAACCUAACACCAAGAUGUUGUGGUUGGAAACGCCGACAAACCCGACGUUGAAGGUGGUGGACAUUGAAGCGGCUUCAGCAGUGGCCCACCAGCAGCCAGGUGUCAUCGUCGUCGUCGAUAAUACCUUCAUGUCUUCAUACUUCCAGAGACCGCUUGACUUAGGAGCAGACGUUUCUUUCCAAUCUCUGACCAAAUACAUGAAUGGACAUUCAGAUGUUCUGAUGGGAUCACUGACGACGAACAAUGAUGAAUUGGCUGAAAAACUGAAAUUUCUUCAAAAUGCUCUCGGGGCGGUGCCCUCUCCAUUUGAUUGCUACAUGUUAAACAGGGGCUUGAAGACGUUGGCACUGCGUAUGAGGCAGCAUAUGAAGAAUGGGCUGCAGGUGGCUAGGUACCUACAGGACAACCCAAGAGUUGAAAAAGUUAUACAUCCUGGCCUGCCAAGCCACCCACAACACGCCAUUGCCAAGAAACAGUGCAAAGGUUACAGCGGCAUGAUCACGUUCAGCAUCAAGGGCGGUCGCGAAGAAGCUUGCCUAUUUCUUAAAAGUCUCAAGGUUUUUUCGUUAGCAGAAAGUCUUGGAGGGUAUGAAAGUUUAGCAGAACAUCCGGCUCUUAUGACGCAUGCAUCCGUAUCCGUUGAAGAUAGGAUGAAGUUGGGAAUCACGGAUAGUAUGAUUAGGCUGUCAGUUGGACUGGAAGACGUUGAAGACCUCAUUGAAGAUUUAGAUGAAGCUCUUAUGAAAGCCGUUCCGAUCGUGAGAAAUUGAGAAGUACUGGUCUGAAAAACAAUCCGAAAACAAUCUUUAUGUUUUAAAAAAAAUGAAUUUAUUUAAUGAAAAAAUUUUAUUAUUGUUAUUAUCACUAUAGUAAUAAUAAUAAUAAUUACUAUCGUUUAUUAUUAUUAUUAUCAUAGCAAGCAUGAACAUAUGAUAAUUAUGAAACAACAUGAUAGGUAGAGAUAUAUUUGCUGUCGAAACCUGCCACUGCUACACCAGUGCCAUGUGCCUUACCCAUUACACCAUUCUAUAUAUAUAUAUAUAUAUAUAUAUAUAUAUAUAAUACAAAUGCACAUACAUACAGUAUAGACACUAAGCAUACUGAUAACGCGAUGGUUUUUUUUUAAUAAAUGGUAAAUGAAAUAAAAUCAUAUGAUCAAAAAUUAACAUGGGAAAUUUAAUCCCAAUGUAUACUGUUGGAAUAAUUAAUGUGCCAUGUUUGCUGUAUAAUUAUACAGUUUAUCUAUUUGGUUUUUUGAAGUGUUUUUCUAUGUGGUUUGAGAUCACUAGGGUUCGAUGAAACGCACUAUAUAAAUAUGUUUGAUUGAUUGAUUGGUUGGUUGGUUGGUUAGUUGGUUGGUUGGUGGUGGUUGGUUGAUUGAUUGAUUGACUGACUGACUGACUGACCGACCGACCGACCGACCGACCGACCGACCGACAGACCGACCGACCGACCGAUUGAUUGAUUGAUUGAUUGUUUGAUUGAUUGAUUGAUUGAUUGAAUAUUACCAUGAACAAAAUAGCACUUAUUUCAUUUUACAACUUUUAAAAUUAAUUUAAGACAAAACAAAUA